UUAUGCACUGAACAGAUAUACACUCACUGGACACUUUAUUAAGUACACCUUACUAGUACUGGGUUUGACCCUCUUUUGCCUUCAACAAGCUGCUGGAAACAUUCAUCAGAGAUUUUGGUCCAUAUUGGCAUGACAGCAUCGCACAGUUGCUGCAGAUUUGUGGGCUGCACAUCCAUGAUGUGAAUCUGCCAUUCCAUCACAUCCUAAAGAUGCUCCAUUGGAGUGAGAUCUGUUGACUGUGGAGGCUAUAUGAGUACAGCACACUCAUUGUUAUGUUUAAUAAACCAGAUUUAGAUAAUCUGAGCUUUCUGACAUGGUCUGUUAUCCUGCUACAAGCAGCCAUCAGAAGAUGUGUACACUGUGGUCGUAAAGGAACAGUAAAGCAAAAAUACUCAGGUAGGCUGUGGAGUUUAAAUAAUACUCAGCUGGUACUAAGGGGCUCAGAGUAUGCCAAGAAAAUAUUGCUCACACACCAGUAAACAUUCACCAGCCUGAAUCACUGAAAAAAAACAGGAUGGAUUCAUGCUUUUAUGUUGUUUAUACCAAAUUCUGACAUUAAAUCCAAAUGUCACAGCAGAAACUGACACUCAUCAGACCAGAAAUCAUUUUUCUGUGUGAACUGUAGCCUCUUUUUUCUGUUCUUAACUGACAGGAGGGGCACUCAGUGUGGUCUUCUGCUGCUGUGAUCCGCAAUUUGAUUCGGCAUAAUUUGGUUAUAACAAGUAUUUGUGUGCAUGUCAGCUUGAAGCAGUCUGAACAUUUGUCUCUGACAUCAACAAGGCAUUUUUACCCAGAGAAGUGCUUCUCACUGAAGAAUUUCUCAUUUUUGGACCGUUCUCUGUAAAUCCUAGAGCUGGUUGCAUGGGGAAAUGCAGUAGACGAGCAGUUUGUCAAAUAGUCAGCCAAGCUUGUCUGGCAUGUCAUGUUCAAAAACUCACAUAAAACAUGUUUCUUCCUCAUUCUGAUGCUGUUUGAACUUCAGCAGGUCGUCUUGACCAUGUAUACAUGCCUAAAUCCACCAAGUUACUGCCAUGUGACCGGUUGAUUAGAUAUUUGCGUUAACGUCCAGCUGAGCAGGUGAACCCAACAAAGUGGCUGGUGAAUGUAUUGUAUACAUUUCAGAAUACCACAUGGUGAGAAAUGGAAUCCAUCAAAGUAUAAAAACCUAUUUAUCAAUUGUUUCCUUUCUGGGUUUCCAUCAUGUCAUAUUGCACUUAUAUGAGUAGCUUAUCGUGACUGACUUCUUCUCGGAGGCCUGUAUGUUCACAUUUAAGGUGAGAAGUUUUCCAUUUCACCACAGUCGAAUCACUCUUCUGCUGUCAACCCGUCAUCAUUCAGCACAGUAACCAAACAUCAACUACACCGUUCUUCAGGAAACACUUGUGCACAGCAUGGGACAAUUUGUAGUUACAAAUAUUGUAAACAAAUAAAACAAACGUCAAAAUGUUUUUUUUUUUUAAAAAUAGCAUUACACACAUCUUUGAAUAAAUAGUUUAUAACAAGAAGAAUUUCAUUAAGUCAAACAGUAUAACUCUUAAGUAUUAAUGCAUCCCUUGUGCAGCGCAUACAUUUGAAAACUUCAGUGUGGCCUCAUUCAGUCAGAGAGGGAAAUUAUUGUGGGAUAAAAAUGAAGGAUUGCAGUGUCACAUGGCACAGAGGAGAUGUGUAUUUUUUUGAGUGAUAUUUACAUAAAUUUACAAAAAAUUGGCACGGCGAGGUAUGGCUGAGCGCUGUAAGCAGAAAUGAAGACCAUUUUCCAACAGUCACAACAGUCCGAAUCACUUUUGAUUUUUGUUUUCUUUUACAGCACUAGAUUAGUGACAAAUCCUAAACGAAAUAUAACAGCCAACUCCACCAGGCUAUAUACAGUAUGUGUACCUUACAUUAAAUAACAGUUAAGUACUCAGGUAACCAAAAGCUGUGCUCUUCUACAAAAGACAGUCAUAAUAAGUUAACAGUGUAAACAUUAAGAGAAUGAAUGAGAACAUAGCACACCCCCAGGAAUUUCAUCAUAAUCGGAGGUUUGGCAAUUCUGGGUCUAGACCAGAGGAAGGCCAAAUACAAUCUGAAGGAGAGGAGACACUGGGAAAGCACCAAGAGUGUCUAAAGAAGCAGAGAGAAGCAGUCAAAUAUAGGCUGAAGAAACUCGCGGCACGACAGUCAGAAAUCACAAAAAAGUCCUCAGUGAUAAGGAAGAGUAUCAUUCGGAAAUAUCAAGAAAUCCAAGCUGUCCUGGAUGAGGACCUGAGGAUUACCCUGUCCCACCUGGAGAUGGAAGAGCGGGCUGCUGUCUCUGCCUUGGAUGGGCUCAUGGAGAGGAACUGUUCUCUGAUCCAGGAGAUAGAGCAGGACCUGGCUAGACUCACUUUGGCACUGGACCAAACGGACACAGAGCCUGAUACAAUGUCGUUCUUUUCAUACCCUGAACAGGAAGACAUGGAAACAGCAGACAGAGUGAUUGAUCUGCUAAACCAAACAGACCCAAGCAGUGUGAGCCUGGAUGAAGCUAAAGCUGAGCAGAUCAUCAGCCUCACCAAUAACAUGCUCCUGCUCAUCUGCUCCCAGACCCCGAUGAUCAAGAAACUCAUCAAGAGCUAUUCCAGCGAGGUGUGCCUGGAUCCGGAAACAGCCCACCCAAAGCUGAUCAUCUCUCCCCAAGGCGAUAGUGCCACAUAUACAGACACCUGGCAGCAACUUCCUGACUUACCUGGACGUUUUGACACUACCCUCAAUGUCAUCAGUUUGCAGAGCUUCAGCUUUGGUCGCCAUUACUGGGAAAUCGAUGUAACUGGGAAGACUUACUGGGAGCUCGGUGUCACCUACCCCAACAUUCCUCGGAAGGGCACAACUGAGGACUGCUGGCUCGGCCGCGGGCCUGAGUCCUGGUGUGUGGAGUUCUUUGAUGGCGAGUAUACGGCCUGGCAUGAAGGCGUUCCGCAUCAGCUGCCUUUCACGAAGCGUUUCUGCCGGAUUGGUGUUUUGUGUAGUUUUCCUGCAGGGCUGGUGAUGUUUCUCGAGGCGGACAAAAUGACACCCCUGUUUGCCUUCUGCACGGGAACCUUCUCAGACUGCCUCUACUUAGCUGUCUGCCCUGGUCAUGAUCACAAUGGCAACAAUGCAAAACCUAUUGUUAUCUGUAACCCUUCAUCUGCCAACAGGGAUCUCUGAUUUACUUCACAGAAGAGCUGUUGAACGGUUACUUUUUAAGCUGCUACUCCACAAUAAGGC